AUGGACGGAGCAGUAGCUUGGAUUCUGAUGGCAUCAGCAGUGGCAGUGUUCUUGGUUGGUGUGGAGAGCAAGGCGAGGGUGUGUUACUUCGGACCCCCACCGGAACCUGAUCCUGAAAAUCCGGAUGGCUGGAUGAAGCAAGUCAUGCAAGAGGUACGGGCGCGUUGCCCGGGACAGGGAAGGAGGCAACCUACCACAGCUGGAACAGCGGCGUGUUCGAGUCCGGAGCCCCUAGGUAUGGAGGACCGGACCAUCCCCGAUGAUCGCAUCAAGGCGUCCAGUAGUUUGCUGUGUUGCCCUGCCAAUAACUCACGUCUCAACGGUGACACUGCAUGGGUAGCCCUCGAUUCCGAAGCCCUGAAUUCCUGGAUUGGGGUGAACCUCGUCAAGAGGACAGUGGUGUCCGGCAUCACCACACAAGGACAUCACUAUGGAGAUCAUACAACGAAGUACAAGGUGGCGUAUAAGGAGCGGCCCUCUUCUGCCUAUGAAUAUGUGACCGAUGGAAACGGUGACAUCAAGGUGUUCAUCGGUAACACUGAUGGCAGCAGUCCGGUCACCAAUAUGUUUAAUGAGAACGUUGUGGCCACGGUAGUGCGCAUAGAGCCAACUGCCAUCUAUGUUCAUGCUGCUCUGCGAUUUGAGUUGCUGGGAUGUCGCCUGGGUUAAAGCAGCUUUGACAUUCAGUGUGAUUCUGAUUAUCUCGGCUAGCACUUUCUUACUGAAAACAGACCCGGUUCAACAGUGAUAAACGUAACUAACUGGACAUCUUGAACAAAAGGAAUAAUUGUGGCCUAUUUAAAACUCGCCAUAUUUUGCGAGCUUGUAAUUUUCGAGUUUCACCAUGAAAAAAAAUAGAUUUAUUUUUAAUUAAUUUAACACUGCUAUAUUUUCUAGCAAUAUAAAACACUAUUUAGUUUUGAAUAAGACUUCGAAAAGCAAAAUCGAUCGAAAUUUAGCUUAAGGAAUUAUUACCUUACAAAUUUCAAAUAAUUAAUCGGAAGACAAUAUAGCCACAUUGAUUUACCGCAGUAUAGACUGGUUCCCGCCUCCUUCUGGUAAUAAUAUAACGGAAAAGUCGUUGGAAGAAACAAAUAUCGAUUUUGUUGUACAGCGCGUGCCAUACAAACUUUAAUGUGGUUUGAGCUCUUAGUUGUAGCGUUGUUCAUGCUUGUGAAUUUUAUCUGAAUGAGGAAGCCUUCGUGGUUUAAAUUAAUUUUUUUGUAAGUAGUAUUUAAAGUUGAAAGUCAUGUACAUUUGAAUAUAUAAUCGCAUUAAGAAAAAAAGAUCAGUGGUAUAUGGGUUGCUAGGCACAUUGGUUGUUCGAUUCAUGUGACGUGGUACGCCCGUCCGUGUCGUGGGUUCGAACCCUGAUGGGGAACACGGUGCUUGUGUUCUUGGGCAGGACUACUACAAUUGCUCCUUUCCACUCAUCAGGAAUAUAAAUAUGUGUACAUGUAAAAGUAGAGACCAGAUAGCACUGAUGAACACCGGGUAAUAAUAAUUUGUGAAGCGCUUUCAUUUUUAUAUAAGCACGUGAUUAAUGUUAAAUCCUUUUCAAGACACAACUAAUUAAGUAUAAAGUAAGAUUUGG